GAGCGGCUGGUGAGUUCGAUUUGGUUAGCAGUCCAGCGCUUUAACCACUGCGCAGCCAGGGCACCUUGUUUAUAACCUAGUUAUAUGAAAUUCUUAGCCUUAGUAUGAUCAAUGACUCUGGCCAGGGGACAUAAUUGGCUUCAGUUUAAUAUCCUCAAGACUUGUAUAUCCCUUUGUACAUCUCAUCUGUGCUCUUUUGAUUAGGAAGUGGCUGCCUGAACUACUUUGCAAAGGAUAAACAUUAUAAAUCUUUGAAUACAGCAGCUCACCACGAAGAUCCUAUUGGUUUUGAGGGACCACAGCUUCCAGCAGCCACAAGGGAUGCUGCCACUCAGGUGCCAGCUGAAACAAGCUCCUCCUCGGAAGGCUUUGUGUAGGUUUUGGGCUGUGAUGGGGAAACUGCAAAGCAAACUCAAACACAGCACUUAUAAAUACAGCAGGCCUGACGAAGUUAUAGAAGAGAGGAUUCAAACUAAAACCUUUCAAGAGUAUAGCCCCGCCCAUGUGGAUACCGUCUCUGCUGUUGCUGCUCUGAACUCAGAACUUUGUGUCUCCGGAGGAAAAGAUAAGACAGUUGUGGCCUAUAAUUGGAAAACUGGAAAUGUGGUGAAAAGGUUCAAAGGACAUGAACGUGAAAUCACGAAGGUAGCCUGUAUUCACAAAUCAAACCAGUUCUUCAGCGCCUCUCGUGACAGAAUGGUCAUGAUGUGGGACUUACAUGGUUCCUCACAACCAAGGCAGCAGUUCUCAGGCCAUGCCAUGGUGGUUACUGGAUUGGCUGUGAGUCCAGACUCCAUACAGCUGUGCACUGGCUCUCGGGACAACACCCUGCUUCUGUGGGACGUGGGAACUGGACAGUGUGUGGAGAAAGCUUCUGUCUCCAGAAACCUGGUCACUCACCUAUGCUGGGUCCCCAGGGAACCAUAUAUCCUACAGACCUCUGAAGAUAAAACCGUCAGAUUAUGGGACAGUCGGGGACUGCAUGUAGCUCAUGUGUUUCCUGCAAAACAGCACAUUCAGACCUACUGUGAGGUCGGUGAGGAUGGACACAAGUUUAUCUCCUGCAGCAGUGGCUUUGGAGGGGAAGGCUGUGAAGCCACGUUGUGGGACCUAAGGCAGACGCGCAACAGAAUAUGUGAAUAUAUGGGGCAUUUCCAGACAGUUGCAUCCUGUGUCUUUCUACCAAAAGCAUUGGCCUCAGUGCCUGUAAUUGCUACCUCAUCACAUGACUGCAAGGUGAAGAUUUGGAAUCAAGAUACUGGAGCCUGCCUUUUCACCUUGUCUCUGGAUGGAUCAGGGCCCUUGACUUCCUUGGCUGUUGGCGACACAGUCUCCUUAUUGUGUGCAAGUUUCAGCAGAGGAAUUCAUUUACUCAGAGUGGACUGCAGGCGAGGGCUGGAACUGCGGGAAGUGACAGCAUUCUGA